GAUCCAUGCAGUGUGAGGCAGUGCGCGCGCGCCCAUCGUGGAGUGCGUGUCUCUCUCUCUCUCUAAACGUAUAUUCAGUCUCUCUCCCUCUCUCUACUCGUCACAUUCACAUUCGCACAGCACAUAUUCGCUCUCGCAGUUCUCUCUCUUUUUUGCUGCUGCUGCUGCUGCUACGCGCCUAUACGUAGAGAUAUUACGCACAUUCGCGUGCGGCGUGUCUCUCGUCGGUCUAUUGUGCGUAAUAUAAAAACGGAUAUAAUAUUAGCGACGGGCCAGCUCGUAGUAGCAUCAUAACAUUGUGUAGCAGAAAAUAGGCGAGUGGAGUAGUCGCGAGCAGCUUCCGCACUGCUGCUACUGCUGUGCCGUGCCAAUUAUUGGAGUUGUUCUGCUAUCUGUAAUACUGUAUAAAAUAGCCGCAGCAGCAUUACACACACACACACACGCUUACUCGUCCAGAAAAAAAGUAUUCAGUGUGCCGCAUCGAGACACUGCCGACGAGAGUUCGAUUUUGCUGCAGCAGUCCAAUCCCAGUGUGUCCAAAGUCGCUUUCUAGCUUGUCAAUAAAGGAGCAGCAGCUUAGCUCCCGCAGCCAGCACUGCUGCGAGCCACUAGUACGAUAACUGCGACGUCGUCGCGCGGACACAGUCUCUACAGAAAGUAUACAUACCUAAAAAAAAAAGAAAAAAAAAAAGUAGUAGCAAGUAAGUGACUGUGACUCUGUGACGAUCUGUGUUGCGCGUGUGUGCCCCGCCGUGUGACACAUAUAUACAUUAAAAAAAGAGCCCAGAGAGAGAUCCGCACACAUAUCGCGUGUGCUGCUGCUGUUGCAAUGGCCGACGACGGAGCAGCGGCCGAUAAUCACCAUCAUCCAGCAGCACUGGCUGCAGCGGCUGCUGUUGCAGCGGGACAGAAUCCUCCGGCCAAUGGCAGGGCGAGAUCGUCGAUAAGCGGGCCGAUCGUCGGGGACGGGCCCGUCGUCGCCGAGCCAUGCUCGAGCACGGCUGGCACCAAGAGCCUAGAGGCUACGAAUAAUGCCUAUCACGGCGCGAGAUCAAAAUUAGACUCCAAGUCCGGCGCGCUGAAAAAAGCCGGAAGAUACAGGAGCCGCUCGUUGUCAGCCAGCAGUACAGACAGCUAUAGCUCCGCCUCUUACACAGGGAGCAGCAGCGAGGAGGACGACGUGUCGCCUCGCGAAAAGAUACAGAAGACCGACAAGGAUUUCACGGACUUCUGUGUCAGGAACAUCGAGCAGCAUGCCUUCGGCAGGCGCGAGAUCGAGAUCGCCGAGCAGGAGAUGCCUGGCAUCAUGGCACUGAGGAAACGAGCUAGGGAUGACAAGCCUCUGAAAAACGCCAAGAUCGUCGGCUGCACCCACAUAAACGCCCAGACGGCCGUGUUGAUCGAGACCCUCGUGGAGCUCGGCGCCCAGGUGCGCUGGGCCGCCUGCAACAUCUACUCGACCCAAAACGAGGUCGCCGCGGCCCUGGCAUGGGCCGGCUACCCCGUCUACGCAUGGCGCUCCGAGACCGAGGAGGACUUCUGGUGGUGCAUCGACAAGUGCAUCAACGCCGAGAACUGGCAGCCCAACAUGAUCCUCGACGACGGCGGCGACGCCACCCACCUCAUGCUCAAGAAGUACAACGCCAUGUUCAAGAUGAUCAAGGGCAUCGUCGAGGAGUCCGUCACAGGUGUCCACCGACUGUACCAGCUGUCCAAGGCCAACAAGCUGUCGGUGCCCGCGAUGAACGUCAACGACAGCGUCACCAAGACCAAGUUCGACAAUCUGUACAGCUGUCGCGAGAGCAUCAUCGACAGCCUGAAACGCUCGACCGACGUCAUGUUCGGCGGUAAACAGGUCGUCAUCUGCGGUUACGGAGAGGUCGGCAAGGGAUGCUGUCAGGCUCUGAAAGGUCUCGGCUGCAUCGUCUACAUCACGGAGAUCGACCCCAUCUGCGCCCUCCAAGCCAGCAUGGACGGCUUCCGCGUGGUCAAGCUCAACGAGGUCAUCAGGAACGUCGACAUCGUCAUCACGGCGACGGGCAACAAGAACGUGGUGACGCGCGAGCACAUGGACAAGAUGAAGAACGGCUGCGUCGUGUGCAACAUGGGCCACAGCAAUACCGAAAUCGAUAUCAAUAGCUUACGCACGUCCGACCUGACGUGGGAGAAGGUGCGCUCCCAGGUCGACCACAUAAUCUGGCCGGACGGCAAACGCAUCGUCCUCCUGGCCGAGGGUCGCCUCGUCAAUCUGUCGUGUUCCAGUAUUCCGUCCUUCGUCGUGUCCAUCACGGCCGCCACCCAGGCGCUGGCCCUGAUCGAGCUGUUCAACGCCCCAGCGGGCCGUUACAAGAGCGACGUCUAUUUGCUGCCUAAAAAAAUGGAUGAGUACGUAGCCUCGUUACACUUGCCCACCUUUGACGCCCACCUCACGGAAUUGACGGACGAGCAAGCCAAAUACAUGGGCCUCAACAAAGCCGGCCCCUUCAAGCCUAAUUAUUAUCGAUUCCCUUCUCAAAUUAUGGCGAUACGCUUAAAACAAAAAUUUACACAAAGUAAUAAAAGGUAGAAGAUAAGUACUCAGGGCGAAAAAUGAAGUUGUGUGAUAGGGGCGAGAAAAGUUAGCAUAGGCGAGGUAUAAUAAAAUGUGUUAUUGAAAAAAUCAGCGUUAAAGUACUCGAAUCGACGCAAUGAUUUAUUUAUUGAACAAAAAAUUGAAAGAGAUGGAUCUCUCUAACAAGAUGCAAAAAAAUCUUUUAAUCAAAUUCCUGGAGUUGAUUCGAAUGAAAAAAAAUUUUAUCGACACAAGCGGAUAGCCGGAAAUGGAGAGGUGUCGCGUCAAUGUCGACGCGUCCUAUAUAUCAAUGCGGUAGGUGUAUGAUUACGGAUCCAAUUACGAUUUUCGUUAUUACUCAGCUGGACACGAGUAAAUGCAUUGAACUAAUUGAAUUUGUAUUAUAUUUACAUUUCGUUUGAUUUUAUUCAUCAUAAUAACAGAUUUGUAAAAGGAUGUGAGAAAAAAAGAAUUUGUGUGUGAGAUAGUAUUUUGUAAAUAGGUGUGAUGAUGCAUUGAUGUUACCGUUCUAAAAAAUAGUAGAAAUGCUUGCAGAAUUUUCGAUUCAGUUCUCAUUUCCUGUCGUCAAUUAUUUGAAGAAAAAAAAUCAUGAAAGAUCAGCGAUUCGAUGAUAACCAGACGUUGUUGUACAUAAAAAAACUUUUUUUUUAUUUUUAUCAUAUUAUACGUGGAAUGUGUAAAACGUAGUUAUUGUAAGCAAGUAAAAUCCGUCAAGACUUUUAAACAAAUCCUUUCGCAGAAGAGAUGCAGUUUUUUAAACCGCGACGCACCAUGUGUUGUACAUAAAUAUCAAAACAAAUAGUUUUAUAAACUGGAGCUUGAUUUGUCCGACACAUAAUGUAUUGUAUCAAUCACUGAGCGAACGAGACAGACUAUAAUUGUAUUAUUAAUUAAUUUAACCCGUUUGAUGAAUGGAUGAAGAGUCAGGUCUAAGUACGUGAGAGUUUCACACAUCAGAAGGCCUUUUUCACGCCUUAAACCAGUUAGAAGAAGCGAACCUCUCGGGUACUUUGACUCCUGCGCCUUUUUGCAUGGGAAAUAUAUAAUUAUUAUAUAUUGCGUACGUUAAGAAAUAAAAAACAAAAAAGGAUAUUGUAACGAAUGGGUGUGUACUUAUCUAACAAAUACGUAAGAAAAAAAUGAAGAAAAAAAAUAAAAUAAACGAAUUUACAGUGAAAUAAAUGUACAUUUUAUUCGUAUGCUGUUAAGUAUUAUAAGUCACCUACGAAAAGCGAGGAGGAGAUUUCAAGAAAGAAUGAACACACAUCAAUUAGAGCAAAAGCUUAGCAAGUAGGGAGCAAACCGUAGGGAACGAUAACUAAUCCAAUUACACAUUUUCAGGAGGGGUGUGACACGUAUACGUACGAGCUAAAAGGAUCGCUAUGUAACUUGUAAACGCGAACAUAACGAAAAAAUAUCACGAAAUUAUUCGAGUUUCAUGUGCGGCUGGGAAAAUGUUUUUAGUGGGGAGUAUACGAAUUUAUAUACUAAUGGAUCUUGACAUUGAUCUUAUUGGGUGUUUUUUCUCAGAGACGUGCAUGUGGAUUGAUGUUGUUGAUCUUUGCGAGACAGGGAAAAUUGAAGAAAAAUUGUUCCUAUCCUUUUUACGAUGAAUUUAUAGCAACACAGAGAAGGCCUAAAGUUAUUUUGUUCAAAAAAAUCAACGCCUAUCGUCUUCUCUAUUUUUAAAUAGAUUCACUUGUUUAAACGAAUCAUUUUUCUCUCUUUUUCUCGAAAAAUCAAGUAAUUCAAAGUAAAAAAAUCAAUGUGCUCUCAUUAGUCAGGGACAAUCCAAUUACAAAGUGAAAAUCUAAAAUUAUAGUGUGAUUUUGAAUCACUUUAAAAUACAAAGAUAUUUGAAAAAAGGUCAGUUUAUUUUAAUAAAUAUUCCGGCGAAAAAACCAAAAUGUUUUUGAGUGCAUCAUGAGUAUUUUUCUAAUACAUUAUGUUGUAUAAACCGUAAAUAAAGAACGGAAACAUUUCAAUGA